UGCAGGGGAUGAAGCGGAAAGGAGUGUCAUUUUCACGAAUAACAGUGAUACUUUAGGUAAUUUUUGUCGUAUAUCGUGACGUCAGAGAAGAUUUUAACUCGUUAAGGGACCGUGGAACUAGGUUAUUGUCUGUUAUUUGGAGGAAUAUCACACGUGGAACACCCUGGUGCAUGUCGUCAGUGAGUGGCGAUCGAGAGAAAAAAAAUCCUGUCAACAGCUGAUGACGAAAUGAUGAAGUCUUUGUCCAGUCUCCGCGCCCGUUGCGCGCCCCCAUUGACUGUGUCGUUCAGCCUUGUAUUACAGAAUUAGUUUGUUGGUGUGGUAUGAUAGCGUGUCGACAGUGUAAUAGUUUGAUUGAUAGGAAGGCCUACAUACGUCCGGAUCUCGGAAUGAUUCCCCCACCUGUUGACCGGUGUUGACGGAAAGUUUUUCCAAACCUUAAACGAGCAGCUGGAUGUGGGGAGUGUUUGCAGUAUCAGAAUGCAGAAGAGGAAAGAGCAUAAAACAAGUGACACAAGGCCUACUCGCCCAGACCCUGAGCUUCGAUGGGUUGGCACCAGUAGUGCCUCCAUUAUUCAUAAGUUACCAUCAUCUGUUAGUGGUAAAAACCAUUUUCCAUUGUCCCAAUUGUAUGUUCAUCUAGGUGAGCCAUCUGAUAGGACUCACGUGGAGGAACGCUCAAAACCAGAAAGCCUAACAACCCCAAGUACUGGACGACCACCGACCCUAUCAGCUCAUAGAAGCAGGCCUAAUUCUCAGAGUUAUCCAAGCUCAUCUAGAUGCUCAAAACAUGUUUACCAAAUUCUACCUAAUAAACCAACCAUUACAGGUCAACGCAGUUAUCAUCAUGAUAAGCUAUAUUGUUCACAGUCAGUACCAUUUUCAUCAUUUUCAAGAGAAUCACAAUCUCAUUAUGGCACAACUCAUUACUUCAACACCACUAAGCAUAAACAUUCAACUGUGUAUGGAAGUGAACCUGAAUUGUUUCCAUGCCAAACUCAUCAAACCAAAAAAGAAUACAACAACACAUGUGUAUGUUCCCAUAGUCGAAACAACAUGUGUACUACAUCAAGACAUGAGACAGCCUCUUUUAUAAACAGAAGUGUAGAAGAACAUCCCCAAUCUGACCAGCAUAGUGGUGAUUUUGAUCCACCUUCACCACGCAUGUAUCGUUCAAAUUCUUCUCUGGAAUUGCGAACACCUCCAGAUAAGGAUGCAAGUGGCAGCCAAGACCAUCGUGUGCACACAUUCCAAGACUUACCACAUUCAGACAGGAUCAGGAAUUCUUCUGUGAAACGAUCAGAAUUUAAAUUAUAUUUAAAAAGAAAUACCAAUGUUGUGCCUAGCUUUACUCACACUAUAGUUUUACCAGAAAAGUUGCAUGAUGCAUCAUCCACGGAUGACCCUGAUAAGCUGGAUGAAGCCUGCCAUCUGAGUCACACAGACGCGGAAAAGGUGAGCCUAAGUCCUGGCUUUGAUACCUCCUUGCCCUGUGAUCUAUUUGAAGAUCGUCUCACGCUACACGUGCCUUCUGUGCGUCGCAAGAGUGGCGGCAGUUUGAGCAGUCAGAGGUCUAGUAAUGCUGACUCAGCUGUGGAUUUGAGGACUCCUGAGGAUGAGUCUCUGGACAUUUCUGUGGAAGAGCCAUUAUCCACUUUCUCUGCUGUACACAGAUGGAAAUGUCAGGCGGAAUUGGUCAACUCCCCCAAGCAAGCAAAAUCUGAAGCGUUGCAACAUGCCGGUUACGACUGGCCAAAAGAGAACAGUUCAAAUAUGUUGGAUAAAUACAACGACAGCCACUUGUCUGCUGUGCCAGCCAAUUCCCUUACAACUUUCUCCGCACCCCCUUUUGUAAUAGUCAGUGAUCACAGCAGUCCCUCUCUAAACAUCCCCAGGAGCCCCUCUGUACAUGACCCUAGCAACUCUGACCACAGAACCCAAGACCUAGGACACAAUCCUUGCCAAACCUCAUCUUACUUAGCAGCUAGUUCUGCAGAUGGUGCUAAGGAAAGGAGGCUUUUCCGAAAAUGGUCUGACAGUUCAGUGACAUCAGUGGCCUCAGAUGCUCAGUCUAUUGUGUCUACCUCAACUUGUAUGUCAUUCGAAGAUCAGACGGACCGUGUCAUGUCUGUAAAGAUGGCCUCCGAACUUGUCACCACAACGAAGCAAAGUUCCUGGAAGAAGAUUAAAAAUGUCAUCCAUUGGACCCCUUUUGUUCAGCACUUCAAGAAGCAUCGUUAUCCCUGGGUUCAGCUGGCAGGACAUAAAGGUAACUUCCUGGCUGGUGAAGAUGGAGCCAUCUUGAAGAAACUCAACCAGAAGGAACACAAAAGUCUGCCCUUGUUGAUGGCUGACAUUCUUAGGCCAUAUGUCCCGGAAUAUCGCGGAGAUUUGGAAAAAGAUGGAGAAACCUAUGUGCUGAUGCAGGACCUGUUGGCAGGGUUCAAAUCCCCAUGUGUCAUGGAUGUCAAGAUGGGAGUGAGGACGUAUCUGGAGGAUGAGUUAGAGAAGGCUAGACAAAAUCCCAAACUUAGGAAGGACAUGUACCAGAAGAUGGUGGACAUAUGCCCUGACGCCCCCACCCCAGAAGAACGUGCUGCGGGGGCUAUAACCAAGCCUCGUUACAUGCAGUGGAGAGAGACGAUCAGCUCCUCAUCCAGUCUCUGCUUCAGGAUAGAGGGUAUCAAGAAAGGAGAUGGGAGCUCUUCUAAAGAUUUCAAAACAACACGCACCAGAGAGCAAGUGAAGGAAGCCCUGAAGUCUUUUAUUGGUGAAGAUAAAACAUUAGUGGGUAAAUACCUGAGGCGAUUGAAGGCAAUUCGGGCCACUCAAGAAACAUCGGAGUUCUUUGCUAAACAUGAGUUAGUAGGCAGCUCCCUGCUAUUUGUCCAUGAUGCAUCAGGCCAUGGAAAUAUCUGGAUGAUAGACUUUGGGAAGACCACUCCAUUACCAGACGGGGUUCAUAUUGACCACCGGUCAGAGUGGAAGGAGGGCAACCAUGAGGAUGGCUACCUGCGUGGGGUGGACAACCUCGUCAGUAUUCUGGAGGAACUCUGAAGUCCUGCUUUGUCAGUCAUCACAAUCCCACAGUCGCUUCAUCAGUACUGGCUAAUACUAUGGUCAAUAGACAUAUUUUGUUCCAUCAUGCAUUGGAGUGAAAUACUGUUAUAUAACCAGUCUACUUAUGUGGGGAAAUCAUAUAUGGUAGUGUAGAAAGAACUGGUCCUUUUUCUCGUGUAAUGAUAUACUGAGAUUGAAGUUUUGUUAAAGAACUCCUAAGCGCAGUCAAAAUAUGUUGUUUUCUGGCGUAAUGCUGCAGUGCUUGUGUGCUACCUCAGUGUUUUAUGGGCACUGAAAAGUGUGACAUAGGAAAAAAAACAAAAAAGUACAUGUAUAUAGCUUUGGAUUGAUUUGUUAAAGGAGAAGAGAGUUUCGGAAGUUUCUAAUUUUUAACGCGUUUACUUGAGCUUGGUGUUGCUAACACCACAAGCGAAAUUACAUGAUUACAAACCGAUAAAGAAUUUCUCAACAUCGUGUGCUCAAUUUUGUGAAACCUGUGAAUUCCUAAAAUGAAAUAUUAUGUGUAUGUUUAAUAUACGUGUAAACCUCAGAUGCUAACUGCCAGUUGGAACUGUUUUCCUUCUUUUUGGAUAUGUCCUGUCUUCAGAAGUAACGAACUGAUAGGCUGACAGGGUAAAUACCUGAUAUUUAAUACAGUGGUAAAAAAAUCAAAACAUGAGAACAGAGAAAUUUUAUUCUAAUUGACUUGCAUGGAUAAACAUGAAAAUUGUGUUUGUUUUAAACACGAACAAACUGUUUGCAAAAAUGAUAUGAGGUAAGUGACAUAUCAUGUAAUUAAAGCAAAUGUCCAAACCAUCUGCAGCAUUUUGUUGAAUGGGAACUUUCUCAACAAGAAAUCUCCUGUAUAAUAUAUACAGAAGCACACUGCUGUGUACAAUUUAAGCUUACCAGUACUCUGACUCAUCUGUGUCUGUAUCACACUGUGCAUUCACAUCGAUGUAUUGAAACAAGGCAUGUGGCAUUGGCAAGUCUUGCGUAAUUGGUUUGGUAGCAUUUGCUAUUUAAUUCGGGUACAUCACAAUUAAAUAUAUGGCUCGAAUUUUGAACCAACAGAAAAAAAGUUAUCACAGAUGGCUCAUGGAGCUAAGGGAGACAACUGGUGAAAGAUCAUUUCCCGUUAAUAUCCCAACUAUCCCCACCUUGAAUAAACUCCAAUCUCUCCAGUUUCCUUCACAUGUGUCAUUGAAAAACAAAAUAUAUAGAUAUUCUCAGCUGACAUGAAUCACACUUUUUUAAGUAUUCUCAUAACUCUUUGUAUGAUCCUUGUUGCACUUUCAAAAAAAAAAAAAAAAGAAAACCAAUUGUUUGGGUGUAAUUUUACUUAAAAAUCGAUAUCAGUUGUCAUCAAUUGCCAGCUUAUCUUUACACAUAUAUCAUCAACAACUGUGUGACAAACCCAUGCAAUAGUUACUGUAUAUAGGAGCCACAACAAAUAAAAUUAAAUAAAUAUUUAAAUGACAAAACAGACCGACCAUUUUCAAUCCGGCCAUUUCCGAGCACUCUGUUGAAACAACUAAGUUGUGAUAUAUGUCUGUUCAUACCUCAUGAUUUGGGUUAGGCUUUUUUUUUUUUUUUUUUCACCAUUGUGAAGCAGUUGAUUAAGGAAAGAAUCGGUGAUCACUAUUUCCAUGGCCUUUAAGUGUUUAGAAACCUUUCUGUGACAGAAUUCUAUGGUAAAGCUGCUAUCCAAGUACUUGCACGCGCAUCUGGAUUGGUAUCCUCCAUAUGUAUUUACUUCAUGCAACUAUGUCUUACCAAAGUUUGUCACCUUUGUUUCCACAUGUAAACUGGUUUGUGUUAUGGAUAAAAAUUGCAUACAGCCUGUCACACAUCUAUGUGUGUAAGUAUAAUACAGUGUGCCAGGUGCUUCCUGUCGUGCCAGUCAGUGGAACUUGAGUCUCUGUCAAAACCUGUUUUGUAUACUUUUCUACAUUGUUUUUUUAUUGUCUUCGAUAAAUAUAUGUGAAACCUGUACAUUAGCUUUUAAUGAUGCAGCUCAGGCUUCAUUUUUGAGACAUAAAUGUGUGCCUUGAUUUCCUAAUGUUUUACAAGUAACGUUUUCUGUCUUCGUGCACAAUCUUGCAGUAAAAUUCAUGGAAGGCAACAUCGCACUUUAGUGAUUUUUGUUGAAGAUUCAUGUUAAGGAGUGGGAUUUUGCAUUACGUGAACUGCAUCCCACAUUCAUCUUGCCAGAUCAAACUCUUUUUUUAUUAUUUACCUUCAAAUUACCUGUAAUUGUGAAUAUAUGUGCGAUGUUUGUGUUUGUGUAAUCCAGUUACGUGUUCAUCACUGUUCAGAAGUCAUCACGGUUAAGCCUGUACUGUCAAAUUCUUGUUCCUUUUACCCUUCAUUCUUGCACAAGAAAAUAUCCCUCCCCCUCCACCAAAAAAAAAAAAGAAAAAAAAAAAAGAGCAAACAAAACCACCCCACUUGGAACUUGUUUUACAUGAGCAGUGUUACUCAGAUAAAAUGACAGCUUUAUUUCAGCUUAGCACUCAUCAGUGGAUGGCAAGAUUUUUCUCAGAGUAACAUUACUUGUGUAUUACAUGUGUAUGUAAAACUUACCCCUGGAUUUACUGGAUUUUGUGACUUGUUUGCUAGUGUUAUUGAAGGCCAACUGAAAUCUCAACAGGCAUAAAAGACUUAAAACUCAGAAAAUUGUCCUAGCUCUUUAUUUCAGAUCAUGAUAUUCUCAGGCUUUAUUUAUUUCACCUGUAAGAGAUUUAACAUGCUGAGGAGAACAAGUUUAUGAAAAGUGGUUCUGUAUACUAUAUAUUAUGUUGUUUUGUCCAACGUUGAUCUGAAUAACAUUCACUUUUUAUGUACAUGUAUAAUGUAUAUUCUUGCAAACUCAUAUCUUUCAGUCUGAACUGUACACUGACUUCAUUUUAGUACAUGGUUUAAAUUUUUAUUGGCUA